AUGUCUAAGUUUUACAAAGGAGCUGUCAGUAGCUCAGAGUCUUCCUCUGAAUCUGAUCAUGAAGAAAGAAUUGUCAAUCAAAGAGUAACUGUUCCUGAUUUUGCCAUACCAAGUGAUAGUGAAGAUGAAGCACCAAAAAGAGUUGUUAGAGCUAACAAGGACAAAAGAUUUGGUGAAUUAAAGGAUAUCAUUAGAUCGGCCAAGAAUAGCAGGAAUGUCAAAGAUAUGGUUAAGCUACUUCAAUGUUUUGAAAAUUUGGCAAAAGCAUUUGAAAAAACAAAACCAGUUUUGAUGAGAGAAGGUUUACAAAUCCCACGUUUUUUUAUUAGACACGUUGCUGAAUUGGAUGAUUUUAUUAAAAAUAUCUGGAAUGAUAAAGAUGCUCGUGGAACUUUAAGCAAAUCGAAUGGAAAGUCUCUUUCUACUUUAAGACAAAAAGUUAUUAAGUUUAGUAAAAUGAUUGAAAAUGAACUUGAAAAGUACAGAGAAUCUCCUGAUCCAUUUGGUUAUAGUAGUGGGGAGGAAAAAGUUGGUGAUAAAAGUGAUUCUGAAAAUGAGGAUAUUACACCAGCAAACAAGGCACCUGUAAAGGCAGAUGUAACUGUUAGUUCAGACUCUGAUUCUGAUGAUGAAAGUGACUGGGGAAGUGAUACUAUGUCUGAUACUAGUAGUGAUAGUGAUAUUGAUUUUGAAGGAAAACAAAAAGAAGAAUUAAGAAAAUUUUUCUUGAAAAAAGAAUUUAAGGAGGGUGGUGAUAAGGAGAAAACUGUUAAAAGGGACAGAAGAAUUAGACAAGAGAAAAAACGUGAAGAAGGUGAUAGUGAUGAUGACGAUGAAAAAUGGGAAAAAGUUAUGUCCAAAGAAGAAUCAAAAAAACAAAUAUUUGAUUCUAAGACAGAAAUUACACCUGCUGUUGUUCUUAAAAAAUUGGAAGAACUUGUUGCUCAAAGAGGUCGCAUGGCUACAGAUCGUAAGGAAUAUCUAAGAAUCUUACAAGAACUUCAAAAAAUAAGUGAGGAGAAGAAAUUCCCUAUAUCAUUAACAUCUAAAAUUAUUUUUGUUAUUAUUUCAUCUCUUUUUGAACUUCAUUCACGACUGGUCGAUUGUAUGGAAUUUGAUACUUGGCUUAGAGCUCUCAAAUGUUUGGAUAGUCUUGUUGAUAUUCUUGUUAAAAAUCCAAAGUUUGAAAUGAAAGUAUCUAUGGAUGAAGAAGACGAAAACAUAAUUGAUGACACUAUGCCUCUUAGACUUCAUGGGUCUGUUAUUUUGUCAGUUCAUAGAUUAGAUAAUGAACUAACAAAAAUUUUCCAAAAUGCUGAUUACCUUUCAACAGAGUAUAUUGAAAAAUUGAAAGGUGAACAAGAGUUUUGUAAUCUUUUAGAAAAGGUAUUAUCUUAUGUUGAAUCUAAAAAAGAUACUGGAAUCUUUAUGGAUGAUGAAUUAAUACAAGUUUAUAUGAUGAGGAUUGAGCAUAUGUACUAUAAAUUUGAUUAUGAACAUAAAGAAGAUGGAGAAAAAUUAAUGGAUUUAUUGUGUAAGAAAGUUUAUUGCUUUGAAUCUGCUAAAAGAGAACGUCAACGUGCUCUUCUUUGUCAAAUUUACCAUCAUGCUCUUCAUGAUCGAUGGCAAAAAGCCAAAGAUAUGUUGUUGAUGUCUCACUUACAAAGUCUUGUUGAUCAUUCUGAUCCAGCAACACAAAUUUUAUACAAUAGAACCAUUUGUCAAGUUGGUUUAUGUGCUUUUAGACAUGGAAGCAUCAAAGAAGCUUAUCAUGGUCUUUCUGAUAUUCAAAACACUUCACGUGCUAAAGAAUAUUUAGCUCAAGGAAUUCUUUCACGUACUGAGAAAACUGCUGAACAAGAAAGGCUAGAAAGAUCUAGACAAGUGCCUUUCCACAUGCAUAUCAAUUUAGAAUUAAUGGAAUGUGUUUUCCUCAUUUGUUGUAUGUUACUUGAUGUUCCAAGUAUGGCACUUGGAGAAUAUGAUGUCCGCAAAAGAACACUUUGUCGUUCUUUCCUUUCUCAACUUAAGUUCUCUGAACGUUCUGCUUUAAUUGGUCCACCAGAAAAUUCUAGAGAGCAUGUUGUAGCUGCUGCUAGGGCCAUGCUUACUGGUGAUUGGAAGAAAUGUAAAGAUUAUUUAAUCAACGAAAAAAUGAAUGUUAAAGUGUGGAAUCUUUUUAGAAAUUCAGAACAAGUGAAAUCUAUGGUUAUAUCUAGAAUACAAGAAGAAUCACUACGUACUUAUUUAUUGAUGUAUACUACUGUUUAUGAAACAAUCUCACUUGGUAUGUUGGUCAAUUUAUUUGAAUUAUCCAAAGAAAAAGUUCAUUCAAUUAUUUCAAAAAUGAUAAUUCAGGAAGAAUUGAUAGCUUCACUUGAUCAACCAUCUGAUUGUUUAAUUAUGCAUAGAGUAGAACCAAGUAGAAUUCAGUUAUUAUCAUAUGCUCUAGCAGAAAGAGUGUCUCAGUUAUGUGAUACCACUGAUCAAAUCAUUGAACCACGUCAAAUGAAAAGUAAUUAUAAUGGAAAAAGAAUAUUUGAUUCCAAUCGUACUAAUGCUGGUGAUAAUAGGCAAAAUAAUUAUGAAAAUCGUAAGCAAGCAAAUUAUGGUGGUCAAGAUAACAAGUCACGAAAUUGGAAUAAAGGAAAUUCAAGAGCACCUCGUACUUCACAUAUGCAUUAG